CUGAUUAUCGUUUUGCAAAAACAAAAGAGACGUGAAAAAAAAGAACAACAAAAACACGAACAAUCGCAAAAAGUGCGUAGGUAAUAUAAUUAAAACAAAUCAAAUUUACCGUGCAUGUCGUGCCCAUGUCUGGGGCUGGCCAAAUAAUAUGGAUGAUGUGCCCGUUAAAAUAAUCGAACGCUAUAAGCCACCGCCACUCGUAUACCAAUUGCCACAGACUAUUGCAAACCGUUUGGCACAAUACAGCAGCGCCAGCAGCAGCAGCUACUAUGACCAGGAUCAGGCAUAUCAAUAUGACUUUCAGCUGGAGCGUAGUGUGCUCAGCAAGUGCCAGCAGUGGCGCCGCAUGCGUCACCAGCAGCACCAGGCACGUCAAGGGCGCCAGGAGCAGCGCAAACAGGCUCGACAACGUGCACUGGAGGCAAAGCAGAAGGAAAUGCUUGGCGCCGUUGAAUAUCCCAAUGCAGCGGACUUGUCCUCCGACAGCGACGAUGAUGAUGAUGCUGAUGCUGAUGAGGUGGCCGUCGAGUCGCCAGAAACAACAAAAACAACAGCAGCAAUAGGCCCAGAAACAACAACAGCAACGUCAAUUAACGCCGCUGAGUCACGUGGAAAACUCGAACCAAAGUCAAUAAACUCGGGCAAUUUUCAUAAUAUACUACAGCCGACCAUAUUAAGCGGUGCUGCUGCAACACCAGUGGUUAGUAAUCAUAAACGAAACAGCUCCUUAAAUUAUGCGGAUUUCGAAUACAAUAUGAAUUCGACGCCUUUCGAUAAUAUUGAGCUGAAAACGAUCAACGAUCUGGAUAUUCUAGCGCAGGUGUUGCACCAGACGCAAUUAACGCAGCAAACGCCACAAGCAGACGACGAGGUCGAGCGGAAAGAAGAGGAGGUUGAAAAGGAGCAAGAACAGGAGCAGUCACAGCCAGAGCAGCAACAGCAACUGGAGCUGACUGUGACGACGCUGGCGGAAACCAAAGCGACGCUGGAUAGCGUCAAUUUUCAUGUACACUGUGAUGAUGCCCAAGACAUUCCAGCCAUGUACCCAACACAUAUAUAUAACAACAUGCCACAGCAGCAGCAGCAGCCGCAACAACAGCAACACAUCUAUCCACACAUGGUCUACAAUCAGCAAUAUUAUCCUCAGCAGCAGCAGCUCUACCAUAAUCACAACUACUUACAAUAUGGCUAUGUCAAUGGUUAUGGCACGCCCACCCAACUAUUGCCGUCACCGCCACCGCCCCAUUCCAGCAACAACAGUUUACUCCACACUAAUGUUCAAGAAGGGGAUACUAAGUCGAGGAGCGUGCCGGAUAUUCUACGUGAACUGAAAACAGAGCUGCAGCAGGCGGAGAAACGUCGUGCCCGCCUUCACAGCCACAAUGAGAACGAACAACAGACACUGGCAUUGACACUGCCACAGCAAGAGUCCGAAACACAGACGGGGGCCAACUCCAACCCAUUCCUGGAGCUUGAUGUGCCUGCACAGAAACUAGCGCAGCGCAUCAGCAGCAUGGGAUUUCCGCUGGAGCGCGUCGUCAAGGUGGUCACCCUAUGUGGCAUUGACGAUAAGAAGAUAAUCGAGCACCUCAUUCCUCUCGGUGAGCUGAUAGAUCUCGGAUUUGAUGAAACGAAAAUCUCGGCGGCGCUUAUGAAAUUUGAUAACAAUAAGGAUAGAGCGCUAGACUAUUUAAUUAAGUAGUUCAAUUUUGUAUUAUACGUGG